AUGACAGUUGGCGCUCUUCUGUUGGCAACUGUCUGUCCCUUUCGGAGACGUCUUGUUGUGGUUAUUGUUGUCAUAACUCUUCACCACUUCGUCGCCACCGCUUUGUGUCUGUCUUUGGAUCAGCUGUUCGUGGGAUGCGUUGCGGCGAUCGCUGAUAUCGUUGAGCGCAUCACCGAUAGAUCGGCUGACGGGCGAGUGAUGUCCUCCGCGGUCGCCGACGGCCGUCACCUGUCGCUGGAGCUCAUCCAAGGCGGCCAUGUCUUCGGCGGGGAUCAGAUGAGACAAUGUGUGGCAGAUAUGGGUCUGCCGUGCGUUCAAUGCCUGCAAAACAGUGCAAUAAACAUUAAACACAAAACCCAAAAAAUCAAAAACCUAUUACAAUUGAGUGGCAACGGGUGGGCACGGGUCAGUGGCCUCAGCGCGGGUGGUGUCCACCCUAUGUGGGCACACGUGAAGGUCGUGAAUGUGUGUCUUAAGCGCCGACAGGCUAUACGACCAGUAAGAGAAGCAGUCGUUGUGAAUGCAGUAGCAAAACGUGCGGCCAGUGUUGGGCUCCGAGAAUGUGCGCAUAUAUUGGCCGAUACUCUGGUCACCGCAAGGGUCUGUCCGGUGCCACUCCGCCGCCGCCCUCACGCCAUAACCGCACGGAUAGCUAAUUGGUUCGCCGGACUCGUUUCACGGGCACCCGAUUACCCGCUACAACAGAUUCAGUCACAGAAUAUGGCCUUUUAUAAAGGAAAUAACGAUCUAUUAGGUGAUGAAACAGAUAUCGCGAUAUUAGUCUCUAAAUUACAAGGUAUGAAUCUGUUGGCGGAUCUGUUGGUUCCGUACACCGACUAUAAUCACGUGGACUUUGGGAUACAAAAACAUAAUAACCUUUAUCUCAAUUCCUAUGCGUUUGAUUUUAGAAGCACUGACGGGUUGGUAAAGAUAUUGCCUGACAUUUACCGAGAUACACCACAAUUGAUUAAAAGCCGAGGCUUUAAGUACCAGAAAUAUAAGGUAACCACCGAUGAUGGCUAUAAUUUGGUAAACCCCUAUUGGAGGGGCAAAACUAAACCACUACUACUAUGGCAUCAGUUGGCCUUUAGCUCCGAUAUAUGGCUCUUCUCGAGCCCCGGAUAUUUGUCGCCAAAUGGUGUCUAUAGUGAACAAAACGGGACAUUAGUUAACAAUUGUGGCAAUAGUUUGACGUCUAAUAUAGCGUUUACAUUGUCUUCAUGUGGUUAUGACGUCUGGUUAGGCAAUACUCGCGGCAAUCGUUACUCUAAUACACAUCAAAAUCCUACCUGGGAUAAGCUCUGGAACUAUACGUUCACUGAAACGGCGUCGAUCGCAUAUAUCGGUCACUCAAUGGGCACCACAUCUAUGUUAACGUUACUAUCGCUGAUACCGGACUUUGAACGGCACAUCCGGCCCAUCAUCCUAUUGGCGCCGAUCGCAUACCUAAGCAAUACGGGAUCCAUUGUCCGAUUGUUGACACCAUUGAUCACCAUAUUAGCCCGAUUAGUUGCACCGUUAGGUCUGCCCGAAACACUUAUGCGCUACAUUGGCCAAUACCUUUGCACACAGCCUGUAAUUGGAUCCGUUUGCGCCGCCAUUGUCUACGAGUUUGUCGGCUACGACUCGUACGCCGACGAUCCGGAUCUGAUGCCAACAUUAGUGGGCAAAGCGCUGGACAACGUGUCCACAAAGAUAUACUUACAAUACGGUCAGUUCAUAGUUGACGGACGUUUCCACGAGUUUGAUUACGGCCCGGAAGAUAAUAUCGGCCAUUACGGGCAACCCAUGGCACCCGAUUACCCGGUGGACAAAAUACGGUCCAAGAAUAUGGCCUUUUAUGUGGGAAACGCUGACCUCUUGGGCGAUAAAACUGAUGUCCAAAAAUUGGUGUCCAGACUAAGAGUGAAACUCUUGGAGGACCUAUUGGUUCCGUACGCCGACUGGAAUCACAUAGACUUCGCGGUCAACAAACACACCAACCGUUACCUCAACGGCCGUGUCGUCGGUGUCUUGGAUUAC